GUAGCAUGGCCACGUCACGUUCCUCGCGCGUCACAAGGUCAUCAGUCGGGCUCAAUGGAUUGGACGAGAACUUCUGUGGCCGGACUCUCAGGAACCGCAGUAUCGCCCAGCCGGAGGAGGGUCAGGGGUCACCGCUCCCCGGCAGCAGGGCCCCCCGCUCCCCUAAGAAGAGGCAGGAUCCCCAAGCCGGGAGCUCAGAGACGCCUGUGGGUCACCAGGGAAAGAAACUCAACAAAGAGGAGGAGGAGGAGGAGGAGGACAGUGGCGGCCAUAUUGAGAGCGACGGCCAUGGUCAGCAGCCCCUGAACUCCACUUCGUGUAAUCCCCCUGUUCCGCCCCAGAACUCCAACUCCCAUAAGUCAUGUACCGGGCUGGGGCAGACCAGCAGUAGCCCUGAUGCUCAGACAAACUCCCUGGGUCCCAGCACUGCCACCAGCACCACCUGUCCAGGUCCUGGUCCAGCACUGCUGAACGGCAGCCAGAGGGGGACGCCCUGCCUCUCGCCCCCAGACCCCAUAGUGCCUUCUAGAAACUCUGAUCCUGGGCAGGAGGAGGAGGUUACUGACUCAGGGGAGUUACCUGCUCCUUCUCUGGCCUCCUUUGAAGAGGACUCCUCCACGCCACACCUGUCAGUCAGGGAGGAGGAGGUGGAGUUGGAUGUAGUGGGGGACUCUGUGUGUCGGGAGGAGGAAGUGACAGCGACCGAGGAGGAGGAGGAGGAGGAGGAGGAGGAGAGCAGCAGCGGGGGAAGUAAUGGUUGGCAUCUCACGCCGCUGGUGCAGGAUGCUGUUGCCACCAGUAUCAACAACAUAAACAACAACAUCAACAACUCAGGAGAUUCCACCAUGCCUCUGCUAGCCCCCCCGACCCCCUCAGACCCCCCUUGCACCCCUUCUGUCUCCGGCACUUCGCCCCCGUCCUUCACCGAAUCCCACGAACACCGAUACACCCUGAGGACUUCGCCCCGGAGGGCUGCCUUCGGUGGGGGCAAGGCUGGGGCCCCCUCCUCCCCCAAACCCUGCUCCCCUCCCAGGGACCCUCUCCGGGACAACGGCCCUCUGAGAGAAGGGGUGGAGGUGAGCAGGGAGAGGGUGGAGGGAGCCUGUCGCAGGCUGGAUCUGGACACCACCCAGGCUACUUCUACCCCCUCCUCAGGACUCUCCAGCACCCAGGCCAGGGGAGGGUCUCUCCCAUCUCUUCCGUCGGUUCCCAUGGAGCAGGGGGCCGGUGGGGAUGACUGGGACAGAGCAGGGGCGGACAGUCGGGACUACGAGGACAGGGCAGGGGCGGACGGUCGGGACUACGAGGACAGGGCGGGCGGUCGGGACUACGAGGACAGGGCAGGGGUGGGCGGUCGGGACUACGAGGAGCUCCGAGAAGGGGCCUGGGCACCCAGUAAGGAGGUGCUGGGAGGAGGAAGCCAGGAGCAGGAGGAGAAGCAGGAGGAGGAGGAGGAGGAGGAGGAGGAACCAGAUGUGUAUUACUUUGAGUCGGACCACCUGGUGCUCAAACACAACAAAGAUUACCAGAGGUUACUCCAGACUGUAGGGGUGUUGGAGGCCCAGAGAACUCAGGGGAUACUGGACUUGGAGUGUCUGGCCAGACAUCAGAGAGAAGCUCUCCAAGACCCCGUCAGCUUUGUGGAGCAGCUGCAGAAACAGGUGGAGCUGGGCAUGCCGCGGCCCCAGAGAGUGGUUCAGCUGCCAGACAUCUCAUGGGACCAGUACACCUCGGGGCUGGGAGACUUCGAGAGGGAGUUCUGUGACAAGAAACGUAAAACCAGGAGGCUCAAACUCAUAUUCGAUAAGGCCAGGAUACCAGACCGACCAAAAAGCCCUUUGGAUCCCAAGGACAAGGAGGGUGAAUCAUCGACCCUGUACUCCGCUCUGCCCUCUAGUGAUGCUCUGGAGAACAGCAGCAACUCACAGAUGAUCCGAGGGAGGCUGUGUCACCAGAGUAAACCUGACACCUUUAACCAGCUGUGGACCGUGGAAGAACAGAAAAAGUUGGAGCAGCUCCUGCUGAAGUUUCCUCCUGAGGAGGUGGAGUCUAAGCGCUGGCAGAAGAUAGCUGACGCCCUGGGCAACAGGACAGCUAAACAGGUGGCCAGCCGCGUUCAGAAGUACUUCAUCAAACUGACUAAAGCAGGAAUCCCUGUUCCUGGGAGGACCCCUAACAUGUGCAUGUACAGCAAGAAGGUGUCCAAUAAGAGGCAGCACCACCUGAACAAGCACCUGUACCGACCGUCCACCUUCCUGACGUCAUAUGAGCCUCCUGUCUAUAUGGAUGAAGAGGAUGAGAGAGCCGCCUACUAUAGCUCUCUACAGGACCCUGAUGGAGACCACUCGGAUGAGGAUGGUGUACCUGUGGAGUUGAGACACCUGCCGGAGUACAAGGAGCUUCUGGAGCUGAAGAGGAUGAAGAAACACAAACUACAGGAGAUCCAGGCUGAGAGCGGCAUGGCCCUUCACCAUGGAUACAAGUGUGACGUGUGUGGUGUGGAGCCAAUCCAGGGGGUGCGGUGGCAUUGUCAGGACUGUCCCUCAUACAACGCUGUAGACUUCUGCUCCAACUGCUCCGACUGCCUGUACAAGACGGAGAGCCACGCGCCCUGCCACCGUCUGGAACCGGUCUAUCACCAUGAGACCUUCCUAGACAGGGACUACUGCCUGGAUCAGACCCCUGGAUAUAACUAUCUGGACCCAAACUACUACCCUGCUAACAGAUGACGGAGGUCACAGACUGGCCCCCUAAACUCCAGCCCAGGGGCCACACUUUCAGUUACACCGAAGGGCCCCUAAACUCCAGCCCAGGGGCCACACUUUCAGUUACACCGAAUGGCCCCUAAACUCCAGCCCAGGGGCCACACUUUCAGUUACACCGAAGGGCCCCUCGCGUCCAGGUACCAGGGGCCAUAGUUUCAGCCCAGGGGCCACAGUCACCCAGCCUCAGCCCACACAGCUAUCCUCAGACAGCUAGCCUCCGGAUCCCAGGGGCCCCAGCCAGCUAGCCCCAGGCUCAACCUACAGCAGCAACCAACUGGCACUGUGUGGCUCAUGGCCUGAACCUAGACGGCUCUCAGACCAGCUACUCUGCUCACCCCACCCUGCUAGCCCAGCAGACUGGUGGUGGUGGUGGGGGGAGGUGAAACUGGCUGCCCCGCAGACUCCAUUUUGGAUCUAAGUAGCGGUCUGGGACACGCUCACUUCUCCGACAGGUUACCAUAAUGACCAACGAACUGAACAUAACGGUCUCUGAAAUAUAUAUAACAAAACAACACUAUAAAUAAAUGAAAAAUGAAAAAGGCACACCGACAUUCCCGACCGCCAACACAGACUCAAGGAGGGCCAUCCUCUUCUCCUCUUCCUCCUCCUCUUCCUCCUCCUUCUCUCCUCCAUACUUCCCUGUGCUGCUUGUUAACCUGGGGAAUGGAAGUGCUGGGGUGUAGAGGUAAUUCAAGAUGGUGGUGAAGGAAACUGACUCUAUUCAGACCACCUGAACUUGUUUUUGUUUUCCAUUGCAAAAAGUUUUGCUACGUUUUGCAGUAAUGCAUAUGACCCUGAGUGCUGAGACUGGUGUGUGUUGAUGGUAGUGUGGUGGUCUGGUCUCCCAAGUCACGAUGACAAGAGUCAAUAUGUUCCUAGAUAGAUAGAUAUCUGUCGUUGAGUAUUUGUGAUGAACCAAGCCUCUUCUGUUGUGAACUGGGGGCGGGGUUGAGGAAGGAGCUUGAUGCCGAUGAGAGGCGUGUCUUUCAUUCCUACUAGAUUUUAAACCAAUCACAAGACAGGCGUGUCAGAUGAAGCCAUGGUAACAGACCCCUGACAUACCUCCACCUCACGUCUCCAUGGAGAUAAUGUCAGUCGGCCAGCAGCUAGUCACCUCUCCCUCUUCUCUCCACUCUCCUUUCUUCUCUUCCCCCUCACCUCUCUCACUCUGUCGUUUCUUCUGUUUCUUUUUCAAUGUUUCAACUUCUCCCUCUCUCUCUCUCUUUCUCUCCCCCUCUCUCCCCCUCUCUCUCUCUCUCUCUUUCUCUCCC